GGACGUUUGCGCGGUGGUGGUGAUGACAAUGACGACGCAUCAGAUCCAUCUCAACCACCCACACCACGACUCGCAAAACGAACUCUGAAGCUGGGUCUACCGAAGGUGCCCAACGUCAACGAAGAUACAUGCUGUAAAUGAUGUUGAAGAUCUCUCCGCAGUAAUGACCGUCAAACUGAUCGAAAAAAGCAAUUGAGCAGCCCAGAAUCGAGUCAACCACACUCACCUCAACAAGCAGUCCGACGAGCACAUCCGCAACCAUGUCUAGCGAAUCCAGAUUCCAUAUGGGGGCAGGAUUCCGACGUAUCAAAUUGCGCAAAGGUGUCCAAAGAUCGGAUGACUUUUAUCGUGCACCCGAGCUCAAAGUGAGAGGUAGGACCAUGGAGCGAAAGUUGGGAGGCCAGCAAGAGGUCAUCGGGCUUGGAAUCGACACUUGGGAGGAACCCAGCAGCGAGUGGCAAGACAUGGAUGAUGAGAUGACGGAUGACCCAAGGAUUCAGGAUUACUCGUCCAGACCUCCAAUCCGUGAGGUUCGUCUCAAGGCGAAAGAGGUGCCGCGGCUUCCACAGCUCCCACACUAUGGCGAUCCAGUUGAGGCGAUUCAGCAAGUUCUCGUACACGGUGGAUUACUGCUCCGAGCAGGACACGAUGGACUCUUACGAGUGACUCCUGAGCAUGUGCUUGUGGUCAGAGAGAAAGUCGCACGCGAACGCAGACGCGAACAUGAAGAGAAAGAACAGCACGAGCGCGAACUAGAUCAAUUUGUCGCUACCUUUGAGCGACUUCAGCACACGAAACAGCUCGAGCCUGACAGAUCCGUAGAGCAGGUUAUUGCCGAGAUAGCAGAGGCUGCACGCGACUUCGACGGAGCAUCCGCAGAAGUACCAAACAACGACGGCGCAGUAGAGACGAGCCCGCGAUUCACACAGCCAUACAGUAGCUAUAUCGUUCGGUCGAACAGCGAAUCAGACAGCGACGGCGACAAAAAGUCUGACACUUCGGUACGCACAGCCAUCAGGGAGCGAGACGGUGGAACGACACCGACCCCCGGCAAGAGCCCAACGUCACUGGCCCUGGUCACCCGUCCUCUGCCACCGACUCCCACCUUCCCUAGCUCGGAUUUUCUUCUCAACUCCAGCAGCCCCGACGACCAUGAGGAAUUCAUCUCGCUGAACGAUCCCAACAUCACUCAUCACCUCGCCCGCGCCCUUCACAACAUCUAUUCUCGAUCCAUCUCCAUGGCCGCACAGAACCCUGCUAUGGCCAACUCGGCCCCAUACACUCUUGGGGGCAAUAUGCCUGCAGCCGGUCACCACAGCGAUAUGCAACACAUCUGGUCGUUGGUGCAAGAAUUGAGCCAGGUCUUGCAACAGAAUCGCGAGAACUAUGACGAACUCCAAGAGGGCCUCACACGUGCCCAGACCACCAGACCUGUUGAGAAUGGAGUCUUGCCGAAUGGAGAUGCAAACGACUCUCAUGUCCCUCAUGCUUCCCCUGAUGCCGACACAAGCGCUCUGCAAGCCCAACUGUCCGACGCCUUGUCUCGCAUCAACGAGCUAGAAGCAGAAUGCAAGGAUGCCAACGACGUCAUUGAUUACGCCGAAGACAUUGUUCAGAAGUUCAAAACACAGAUUCAAGAGUACGCUCGUAACCACCAGAGCGCAACCAUCGCUUUACACGCACACUACAACUCGUUACUCGAAACGUCACGCAACGAAACCAUCCAAGCCCAGCUUACGCACCAAGCCUGGCAAGCCUCAUUAAUGCGCCUAUCCGAAUACCUGCGUCUAGCUCAGCGUGCUCACGAGGAAGGAGCACUGCCGUACCGCCGUCGUAUCGCUGCGUUGAAAGAAGAGAACCGCAUCUUACGCGCCAAAGCUGGAUGGGAGCCUGCUAGCGAGAGCGAACACAGUGAUGAUGAGGAUGAUGUCUUUGGCGAGGCUAUCGAGGCAGAGUCUUCUUGAUGAGUGUACAUUUGUUGAAAGGAGAUUAUGCAUUGCAUCAAUCAGCAUGGGUAUAACAUGGAGUUCAGGGCGAAGGGAGUGGUCAGAGGGAUCUGCUCUUUGGUGCUGAUGCAAUUGGCAUGGAUAGCCCUCAGUGCGUACGGACUCAAAUCGCAUUAUAGAUCGAAUCAAAUCCGUCAAACCUGUCAAAGCUCAUACCCGUGCGCGGA